GGUACUGCUGGAAAAGAAGCAUCUGCUGCCAUGGAAAUGUCUUUGUUAGUUAAUUACAUUCAACCUGUUCAUUUCCAUUCCUUUGAAGUUUCAGAAAAACGCAGAAGAAGUUUUGAAAUAACUUCUUUUGUAGAAACCCAGGGUACAUCUCUUUUGAAGGAAUUCCCAGUGGAUUUUGUGAAUUAUAACAAGCGGCAAAUGAGUCGAAUCUACCCCAGAGGAACAAGAGUGGAUUCAAGUAACUUUAUGCCCCAAGUAUUUUGGAAUGCAGGAUGUCAGCUGGUAGCUCUUAACUUCCAAACACUUGAUCUAGCCAUGCAGGUCAACCUGGGUAUAUUUGAGUACAAUGGUCGCACAGGAUAUAUUCUGAAACCGGAUUUUAUGCGAAGACCGGACAGACACUUUGAUCCAUUUGCAGAGUCAACAGUAGAUGGCAUCAUUGCUAAUACGGUUUCUGUUAAAAUAAUCUCUGGACAGUUUCUGUCUGAUAAGCGAGUAGGCACAUAUGUGGAAGUAGAUAUGUAUGGAUUGCCAACAGAUACAGUACGAAAAAAGUUUAGAACAAAGACUGUUCCUAACAAUGGACUUAAUCCAGUCUAUGAUGAAGAGCCAUUUGUGUUCAAAAAGGUUGUAUUACCCAACUUGGCAAUUAUUCGCAUAGCUGUCUAUGAAGAUCAGGGCAAGUCUUUGAUUGGUCACCGUAUCUUGCCGGUGGAAGGACUCAGACCAGGCUACCGCCACAUUCCUCUCAGAAAUGAAUGCAAUCAGCCACUUUUAUUGCCAACAUUGUUUGUUCACCUAGUUGUCAAAGACUAUGUUCCAGAUGCACUUGCUGAGUAUGCAGAUGCAUUGUUCAACCCGAUUGCUUACCAGUCAAAUUUAGAAAAGCAUGCCCAACAGCUAGAGAUUCUGACAGAAGACUUUGAAGAGGAAGUUACUGAUAAAGAGGGCACAGCAAUUGAAAACAUAGCAAAUGAAGUAGACCAAAACACAUCCAGGACAGCUGGUGAAAAGCAGAAUAAAAAUCCAACUCAUAUCAAAUCAGGAAGUAUUGGAGGAUACACAGAACAAAAUGGCAAUGGAUACAAAAAUUCAAAUUCAGCUGCAAGUCAAGAAGCAAACAUAAACCCUUUGCCCAACUCAGACCGAUAUGGUGUUGCCAAGCCUGCAAACAUACGUACAAGUUCUCAACCUCACAUCCCUAUCUGCCGGCAAGACAGUGCACAGUCCGCAAACUCUCAAAAUAGUACCACUUCUGUGCCUACCACAGCGCCCAUGGUUAGAAUGCAGUCAGGCACACUUGCACUGGAGAAUGGAUCUAUAGCUGCAUACCCCAUACAGUCCACAAAACUAUCUGAUGCAUCUAUUCUGGAGCCAACACCAAUAGCAGAACUGAAAAUGAUGAAAUCAUUUCUUAAGGCUGUGUCAAAACGUGACAAGGAUUUAGAAAUUCUCAGACGUAAACAUGAAAAGACACUGCAAGCGAUGGAAGAACAGCACCAAUUCUUUUUAGGAAAGCUCAUCUCUGGCCAGACUAAAGCACGAAUUUCUGUGGAGAAACGACAUUCUAAAAUUCUCAGGAAAAUGGCUAAGGAAGGUAUAGAAACAGAAGAGAAACAGAAUUUACUCAAAAAAGAAAUGCAAGAGCUUUUAACCAUUCAGGACCAAAAGCAUCAAGAUGUCAAGGCUGCAUAUAGCUUUACUGUCAAGAAUAUCUGCAAAGAACAUUAUCAUAUGGAGCUUGAAUUGAAGACUAGACACCAUGAUCAAAUCUAUGAUGUUCUUCAUAAGCUUAUGGAAGCUAAUCAUGCAGCACACGCUAAAGCCCUUGAUGAAAUACAUGAAAAGGAAGUCAUAGAGCUCAAGAAGAAGAUGGACUAUCAGAGCAGAGAAUAUAUGAAGAUACUUGGCAAAAAACAUAAGGAUAAGCAAGAGCUGUCAAGAAUCAAAAGAGAAGCACAGCAGAAACAUGUGCAGACAGCUGUUUAUGAGAGACAGAAG